AUGAAGGCUGAGCUCCACAUCGAAAUCGCUGGUGACCGUGCGUUGUACAAACCAAUGAUGUUUUCGCGACGUUUGAUGGGACGCAAGACACUAAUAUCAGCGAUAAUCGAGAAUGAAAGACCACAAAUCACAUUUGAAUGUCAGCAGGUCCAAAAAAAUGCAACAGAUUCCUGUCAUUAG